AAUCGAAGGCACCGCAGAUGCUUGACCGCUAGGUGAUGAAUUUUGAUAGAAGCUUCAUAUUUCUACUUUCCUUCCCCUGCAACUGCAACCAAAUUUUCCGAAAAAAUCGAAAGGAAAGUCCAGGAAUUUGAGUAUCAGCCAUGAAACCCUCCUCUGCUUCUCUCGUUUUCGUUUCGUUUCUUCUUUUGCUGAGCCUGUUACAUCGGUCUAGAGCCGAGGUUAUAACCCUAACCCCCGACACGUUCUCUGACAAGGUGAAGGAGAAAGAUACUGCAUGGUUUGUGAAAUUUUGUGUUCCAUGGUGUAAACAUUGUAAGAACUUGGGGUCUUUGUGGGAGGACCUCGGAAAGGUAAUGGAAGGUGAAGAUGAAAUAGAGAUUGGGGAAGUUGAUUGUGGUACAAGUAAAGCAGUGUGUUCGAAGGCCGAUAUUCAUUCGUAUCCUACAUUCAAGCUAUUCUAUGAUGGAGAAGAUGUCGCAAAAUAUAAAGGCACAAGGGACGUUGAAUCACUCAAAAAUUUUGUCUUAGAAGAAGCCCAAAAAGCAGCUGCCAAGACGCACCAUGAAAGUGAUGAGUUGUGAUAACUUGUUAGGCAGUUCAUCAUAAAAUGCUUUACGACAAACCGUUGUAUGGUUUCAUGAACUCUCUGACUGAUUGAUGAUCGUUUCGUUGGAUACCAACAGCAAAGUUCUUUUUUCUUAUGAUAACAGUUGAAAAACUCAGGUGGCCGGUCAUUCCGUAGGCAGUUGCACUAAUUGUGUUCAGACUUGCAGAAACUUGCUUUAUCUUAGGAGUGAGAAGAGAUUUUGCUUUCAGUGGUAAAUCUUUUGGGAAGCAUUCGUUUGGUUUAAGUUUUGAAUACAAGUGCUAAACGCAUUUACGUUGAAUAUGGGAAUGUAUUCAUUGUGAUUUUAUUUCUCAA